GAAAUAGUUUUUGUCACAAAGUGUACAGGUGUUGCAUGAGUGUAUUAGUAUAGUGUGUGAGUAUCCACAUGCUUUCAUUUCAAGCAGGGAACUGUUACAAUAUGACAGGAGUCCGGUCUACACAGAUUCCAUAACUUUUCAAAAAGUAUAGUUUUGAUUGACUUUAUCAACAUUUGUCUGUAAAUUCCUCUGGCACUUUGAUGGAAGGAUGGGGACAGUCUCUGAAGAAGUUAGGAGGCUUUUGAAUGACUGUGAGCUGUUUGUAUCAGAUAUCCUACAGGAUGAGAACCUCAGUAAACAUGCCAGGGAAACACGGGACGUCUUGCUUAAUAACUUCAGGGUGAUCUACUCCAGAAAUCCUCAGGCGUUUCCCUUCAGAUCUGAGUCCAGACAGGAGGACAGUUCAGAUGACAACCAGAGCUCCAGUCUGGGCCGCUCGGCCCCCUCAGAAGACCUGUCAGUGGCCUCUGACUACCAGGACGAGGGCUCUCCCGACUACUUUGAGGAGAUCCAAAUGGUGGCAGCCCAGGAUCUCAGCAACAUCUUGAAACAAGGCUACCUGGAGAAGAAACGACAAGAUCACAGCUUCUUCAGCUUAGAAUGGCAAAAGCGAUGGUGUGUCCUCAAAAACACAAUAUUCUACUACUUUGGGAGUGACAAAGACAAGCAGCAGAAGGGCGCCUUCUAUAUCAAGGGUUACAGUGCAGAGAUGGUGGCCAACCUACGUAAAGACUCCAAGAAAAAUGCCUGCUUUGAGCUGAGUGCCCCUGGCCGACAGUCCUUCCAGUUCACUGCUAGCAGUGUGCGAGAAGCCAUGGAAUGGGUGGACCAGAUCAACUUUGUCCUGAAAGAUUUGAGUUCCAGCUUUAUCCCCUUUGAGGAUGAGACCUAUGAUGACAUUGAGGGGGUGACGGGGGUGGCCAGCCGUCCCCCUUGGCCCGCCCCCUUCCCGGUCCUGCCCCAGCAGGUCAAAGCCUCUCUCAGUAGCCAGGAGGAAGAGAAGCCCAGCCAGUGGGAGGAACAGGAAAAGGAUGAUAUCUACGAGGUGCUCCCAGAGGAUGACAUUCCAGGAUCCAUUGAGGAGAUCAGUGAGAAGAGCACGAAACCAGUGUGGUCCAUAGACUAUGCCAAUUACUACCAGGGCUUGUGGGACUGUGAGGCAGACGAGCCUGACGAGCUGGCCUUCCAAAGAGGUGACCUCAUCUACAUUGUCAGUAAGGAGUAUAACAUCAAUGGCUGGUGGGUCGGAGAGCUAAACGGAACCAUCGGUAUUGUCCCUAAAGACUUCCUCCAUCCUGCCUACAUCCUCUGAGCUCCCAAGAGUUGAGUGAUGUGACUGACUACAUUCUCAAUCCCCAACACCGAACACUUCGAGAUUGAUGACAGAUUGACCUUUAUUAUUUCGUAAUAUAGCGUUAUGCUGUUAGUGUCAUUGUUGUUGUAUGUUUUUGUAAAGAUAUGCUUCAUUUCCAUGCAUAAAUUACAUUACCAUG